AUGCAGUCUGCGCUCGACCAGACCGAUCUCGGCGAGCUGAUGGACAUGGCAGACCUCGCGCAGAGGGACUUUGCCGGGACGAAGGGCGAGGUGCUGGUCGUGAGCGGGCCGGGGCUCGUGGCGCAGAAGGACACUGAGCGCGAGGCGGCGGCGCGGCGCGAGGCGGAGGCCCGACACGCGCACGCGCUCAAGGUUCCGCGUCGCCCCGCCUGGACUCCUGACAUGACGCCCGAGCAGCUCGAUGACCAGGAGCGGGACGCGUUCCUGCAGUGGCGGCGGGCCCUGGCCGCCGCGGAGGAGGAGGAGAGUCUGGUCCUGACCCCGUUCGAAAAGAACCUCGAGGUCUGGCGCCAGCUGUGGCGCGUCCUUGAGCGCUCUGACAUCAUCGUGCAGGUUCUGGACGCGCGCGACCCUCUCCGGUACCGCUGCGAGGACCUCGAGGCGUUCGCUCGCGAAAUCGCGCCCAGCAAGCGCACGGUGCUGCUGCUGAACAAGGCGGACCUGCUGCCGAAGGAGGCCCGGGAGGCGUGGGCGGCGUACUUCGACGGGCUCGGCGUGGAGUACGUUCUCUGGAGCGCGCAUCUCGCCGCCAAGGAGGCGGAGAUGCAGGCGCAGCUGUGCAGGCAGGCGGACCUUGGCGCCGACGUGGACGUGGAAGCGUCGAUGGCGGUGUGGCGGCAACAGCAGCACGCGGGCUCCGGUCGGGCGCGCGUCGUGUUCCGCGACGAACUGGUCGGCGUCAUGGAGGCCAAGGCACGGGAGGCGGCAAGCGAGGUAGGUGGGGGCGACGCAGGCGGGCCGGUGACCGUGGGUAUGGUGGGCUACCCCAACGUAGGCAAGUCUUCGACGAUUAACGCCGUGUUUGGGGGGAAGCGCGUGGCGGUUGCAGCGACGCCGGGGAAAACGAAGCACUUCCAGACGCUGCACGUGCACGACUCCCUGGUCUUGUGCGACUGCCCAGGGCUCGUGUUCCCGUCCUUCGCCUCCAGCAAGCCCGAAAUGGUCGCGGCGGGCGUCAUCCCGAUCGAUCGCCUCACGGACAUCCGGCAGCCCGUCGACGUCGUCGCCAGGCGCGUCGCGCGCCCCUACUGGUCGCUGUGCUAUGGACGCAUUAACAUCCCCCGGCCCGGGCCGCUCGAGGACCCGAAGCGCCCCCCGACGGCCGCGGAGGUCCUGCGUGGUCUAUGCACACUGCGCGGGUGGGUCAACGGGAGCGGCCUGCCAGACGAGACUCGUGGGGGACGGCAGAUACUAAAAGACUAUGUGGACGGUCAUCUACUGUCCUUCGAGUACCCCCCCGGCCACGACGGCCCGCGCCACGCGCUCCCUGCCGAGUUCGACCUGCGUGCGGACGCGCGGGCGUCGCAGGCCAGCGCGGCGCUGGCGGACGGCGCGGAUUCGCUUGCUGCUGGGAGCGUCGCAGCGGAGGGGCCCGGGGGCGUGCCGGCGCCCGCGCCGCUCGACGAGGAGGCGGCGGCCGCGGAGCUCGCGCGCGACAUGGAGAUGAUGGGGAUCGGGCAGGGCAAGGCCAAGGCUCGAAGACCUGAUUACAAGUUUCAGAAGAAGGAAAAGAAAGGCAAGGGGCAGCGCGGGAAGGGGGCGUACGGCAUCAACAUGGACGGCACGGGCGACGGGAUGGGCGUCCUGCGCGGCAAGCGCGGCGGCAUCCUGCCGGCGCAUCUGUCCGGGAGCUAG